AUGAAUUCCACUCAGAUGUUCAACCGCUCGGGUCCAUGCGAUGCACAUACUUUUGACAACGGAACGGAAGAAGACAACUACAACUUCGACCUUGGAGGCUGCCUUUUUUUGUUCAUAUUGCCAUAUGAUGCGGUAGUUAAUGUGCUUGCUUUUGUUUUUUCAAUACUCACAAGCAUCUCUUUGGCUGUGAACGGAUUCACUUUGUUGGGACUGAGACACUCGGAGGACCUGUCUUGGGAGCCACGCUACGCCCUGCUGAAGAACUUGAUUCUGAGUGACAUGGUGCAAACCAUCAAUUUGGGCCCCUUUGUGACCCACUGCUUACUGCACAGAAGCACAAUGAACUUUGACACCUUGUGCCUCCUCCAGUAUUUCACCGGCAGCGUCUGCAUCUUCAGCAGCCUCAUCACCAUCACCUGCAUGGCCAUUGAGCGCUACCUGUAUGUGUGCCAUGCCCUCCACUACCUGUCCAUCAUCACCCCACUGCGCCUUCGCCUCACGGUCGGCCUCACCUGGGUCUUGUCCGUCAGCGUUGGCUGCAUUAACGUCACCCUGCUACACCAGGGGAAGGGGGAGUAUGGUACAGCAACCUCUGGACUCAUAUGUGAGCCUGACAUCGUGGAACAGCACAUGGGCUUCCCCAGGGUAGCGGCUAUCACCCGCAAGCUGGUGGGCUUCAUCCUCACCCUGCUCUGCCUCCUCAGCUACUUCUUUGCCUAUGUGCGGAUUCACCAGAACGCCCCCGACGCUGUGGUGCCCUUCAACAUGGUGAACAAGCGGGCACGCAACACUGUGCUGUUCUACGGUGGGAUGCUGUUCCUGCAGCUACUCCCGAUGUUCCUUAAGAUCACCUCAGAUGCUCUGUGGGAGCUGGAGGGCACAGGGGCCAUGAUGGCCCCCCUGACUGCCCCCUCUGGGGCUGGGCCCUCACUGUCAACUGGAACUGUGCACAUCUCUCUUCUAAUUAUCAUAAUCAUAACACCCUGUAUCAAUCCAAUAAUCUAUGGCAUUUGUCAUUGGGAGGUGCGUCAGGCACUGUUCAGACUCUUCUGGUGGAAGGGCGAACGCCCUGAGCUGGAGCUGGAGCUUGAAAGGAUGUAG